AUUUCUGAUUGCUUAGACUUGCAGUUUGUUUUCUUACAAGAUUUCAAUUUAAAUUCAAUCAGUUUUGUUUUUUGAAUUUGUUUUGCUUACAAAAUGCACGAAAAAGGACGACGCAAUAAUCGUGGCAACUUUCAUCGACACUCUGGAGGCUAUCAUAAUCUCCCAAGGCCACCCUUUGACAUUUACAUGGUUGAGGAUUAUUUUCCUAAAGUGUCAUCACCUAAAGAGAUCGAUAGUGCUUUGACUCAAGCGAUCUUAAAGCGGAACAGUGAUCUAACUCCAUCCCCAGAGGAACAAACUAAUCUGGUCAAUCUUGUCUCCAAAACUCAAAUGGUUUUAGAAAAUUUGGCAUUGUGUCCUGGCACUUUUGACGCUUGUCUUAUCGAAGAAGUGAGAUGCAUUGGCUCAUUUAAAAAAGGCACGAUGCUGGCUGGGAGGAAUCUUGCCGAUCUCGUUGUUAUUCUCAAAACUCUUCCAGUUCUAGAAGCCAUUAAAUCAUUAGGAGUGAAAGUUGUCGAUGAGUUGAUGAAAAUGGAAAGUGGUAUGGUAUUUCGCUCUGAAGUUGUCGAUGGAGGGUUCGAUAUAAUCAGUCAAAUGAAUGGAGCUGCAGUACGAUGUUUGAUAGCAACUAUUCCUCCAAAUAUGAGAAAAAUUGAUCCUUCUAUUCAUCUAUCAAUUAAAAUUUUACAAAGACAUAUGGCGGCAAUACGACACGUACGCUGGUUCGAAGAAUCAGCUAACUUAACUACCGUCAAAGUUUUGAUCAGAGUCUUGCGAGAUGUAUGCAAUCGAUUCGAAGGAUUAUCUGCUUUAUCACCCUGGAUGAUUGAUGUCUUAGCUCAUUAUUCAGUAACUUUUAGAAAUCCUCAACAAUUAUUACCUCUCAACUCUGCAUUUAAACGAGUUUUACAGCUUUUGGCUGGUGGAGUAUUUUUGCCUGGAUCUACAGGUAUUCCUGAUCCUUGUGAAAAUGGCAAUCCACUCCAUGCUGGUCUUACUUUAGUUCAACAAGAUGCCAUUUGCAUGACAGCUCAAACUUUACUCAGAAUUCUUUGCUAUGGAGAAGGCUAUAAAGUUAUCCUUGGUUUAGAACCCGAUGUAUAUGGUAUCACAGUGAAUAUGUCUGUGUGGGAUUCUGUUGUUGUGGCACCUAGCAAUGCGGCAUUCGAGUUACCAUCUAAAGAGGACGAAACAGAAACUGAAAUGACAGAAGUUCAAGCAGAAAAUAAACCUAAGUCAGCUUCACCAACUCCAACAUGAGUUAACUUUAGCGAAUUCAUUUUUGUCAUUAUGUGAAAGCUUUCAUUAAUCCAUCUUUAUAACUAUUCAAUUCCUUAAUUUAUCUUUUGUUUUUCUCAAAAGUUCAUCGAUUUCCAGUAUAUUGAAUAAACAUUUUCAUUCUAAAUGAUGAAAA